AUGGGCAAUUCUGGAAGCUAAGAUUAACGCUACAUAAAGAGCAAGAUAGAUUAAAUCAUUAAAAGAGCUCAUAGAAUAAAGAGAAAGAUUUAGAGCAGUGGCUCUUCUGGAUGGGGUCCAAUAAAACAUGUAGGUAUAUUAGUUGAGACUGAUGAAAAUUAAACUUAUAUUAUUCAUCAUUAAGGACCUGAUGGAGAUGUAGUGUCAGAGAGAUGUGAAAAUUAUAGAAAUUAAGGAUGGGAAUAAGUUGAGCAAAUCCAUGUUAAUUCUCAUCUUACAAUAGGAUAAGCAGAGAAUAUUGGAGGGAAAGGUAAAGGUUAUUUGAGGAAUCUAACUUGUAUUGGAGUGGCUGAUAAGAUUUAAUCAGCAUUAUAAUCAGGAUGA